AGAAACAAAAAAAAAAAGAGAACCGCGUCGGCUCUCAAAAUCAAUCGUGUUCUUAACGUGACCCCAUUGUUUUCUCAAACACGAUCAUCAAGAAUAAAACAUUUCUUUUGUAAAAAAAAAAAAAACAGAGAGAGUAAAAAACAAACCAAACAUAAUGUUGUGUUCCAGAUCUAACAAAAGAGAAGUGUUUAUACUUGUGUGUUGUGUUCUUUCUUCGCUUCUUCUUGUCGCCGCCACUGGGGUUGGUAACGAAGAAGGAAGAGGUGUAGAAGAAUGGAUCAGGACAACAAGUGUAAUAGAAAGAGUUAUUGCAGAGGAAGCUGCAGUAAACUCAUCUUUGAUUUUGGCUGCAAAGAAAACCAAAAGAAAAGAUCCUCAAGAUAAUUUCAAGCUCUACACUGGUGGAUGGAAUAUAAGCAAUUCUCAUUAUUGGACUUCUGUUGGUUACACGGCAGCGCCUUUCAUUAUAAUAGCAGGAGUCUGGUUUGUGUUCUUCGGGCUAUCGUUGUCUCUGAUUUGCCUUUGUUAUUGCUGCUGUGCCCGUCAACCUUACGGCUAUUCUCGGAUUGCUUAUGCUCUAUCCCUUAUCCUCCUCAUAGCGUUCACAAUUGCCGCAAUUAUAGGAUGUGUUUUCCUUUACACUGGUCAAGGGAAGUUUCAUGCUAGCACAACAGAUACUUUGGACUAUGUAGUGAGUCAGGCAAAUCUCACAUCAGAAAACCUCAGGAAUGUGUCAGAUUAUCUCAAUGCUGCUAAGAAGGUGGAUGUGCAAGCCACCUUUCUACCACAGGAUGUUCUGUCGAGCAUCGAUAACAUACAGGGAAAGAUUAACUCCUCUGCUACAACUCUUUCUGUUAAAACAAUGGAGAAUCAAGACAAGAUUCAAAAUGUCUUAGACAACAUGAGACUUGCGCUCGUCAUCAUCGCUGCUGUGAUGCUUUUCCUUGCGUUUAUUGGAUUUCUUCUCUCUAUCUUUGGACUGCAGUGCCUUGUGUACACGUUGGUGAUCCUUGGUUGGAUUCUCGUCACGGGUACCUUCAUCUUGUGUGGUGCAUUUCUGCUUCUUCACAAUGUUGUAGGGGAUACGUGUGUUGCCAUGGACCAAUGGGUCCAACACCCAACAGCUCACACGGCUCUAGACGAUAUCCUACCUUGUGUUGAUAAUGCAACCGCGAGAGAAACAUUGACUCGGUCUAAGCUUGUGACAUACCAGUUGGUCAACCUUCUUGACAAUGCCAUCCGCAAUAUGGCCAACAGGAACCUCCCACCUCAGAUGCGGCCCUUGUAUUACAACCAGUCCGGUCCUCUAAUGCCCCUUUUAUGUAACCCCUUCAACGCGGAUCUUUCAGACAAACAGUGCCAGCCUGGUGAGGUUCAUCUGAACAAUGCCACAGAGGUGUGGAGGAGCUUCACUUGCCAAAUCGUAACACCGGGAACAUGUAGCACACAAGGACGUUUGACCCCAAAGCUUUAUGACCAGAUGGCUGCAGGAGUUAAUGUAAGCUAUGGUCUAUACAAAUACGGUCCAUUCUUGGCAGACCUGCAAGGGUGCGACUUCGUGAGGUCUACAUUCACCGAUAUAGAAAGAGAUCAUUGCCCUGGACUGAAGAGAUACACAAAAUGGAUCUAUGUGGGUCUUGUCUUGGUAUCUGCUGGUGUAAUGUUGUCUUUGGUGUUUUGGGUUAUAUACGCGCGAGAGAGGAGGCACCGGGUUUAUACAAAAGACUACAAUGCUAUGCACUCUGAAGAUCCAAGAAGCAAGGGCCAUUGAGUUGGUUAUUAUCUUCUUUUGCAGGUUUACUGUGUACAUUAUGUGUGACAGUUUGGUGGAUCUUAUGUGUAGUAACUGAUGUGAGGAAUCUUUGAUUGUCAUUUAUACUUUUUUAUAUUGCUUUUGUGGAACUAUAUUUUGAAAUUUUGUUUUUUUUUUUGUU